AUGCGGAAACUCUGCGAAAUUGCGGGUCUAAUAAAAAAAUCCACAGCGGCCAGCGGGCCAGCUGGUGAUGAGUGGGGUGUUGGUGAAUGCAGGCAUCUUGAUGAGGGCGGUUUCCUGUACGAAUGCUUCUGCUCCUUCUGCGUGCCGACACCGACACCUUUUCUUAAACGAAAGCAGCUGCUGAUUGCCACAACAAAGGCUGGCGCUACAGCGGCAACAACAAAAGCUGCUGCUGCGACGACGAAAGCUGUCGUGACAGUUAAGUUGGAUCCGUUGCAACAAGACUUUUAUGUGACAACCCCGCGCUGCAUCCGCACCCAGAACUUCCACAGCGCUGACCCCGUAGCCUGC